UCCUUCUCUCUUUGCUCUCUCUCUCUCUCUAAAAUAAAAUUUUCAGAGAGAGGCUUUCUUUCUCUCUUGUGUUGUUGUCUCUGUCUCUUUCUCUUUCUUCUGCUCUCUCUCUCUCUCUCUCUCUCUCUCUCUCUAUCUCUGUGUUUUCCGGAGAUUCGAUUCAAUCGCCGAUUUCUUGCAACGUUUUUCGGGAAAUCGUCGUCUUCCUUCCUUGCUUCAAUCUCUGUCUUAUUGCAGAAUAUAAUGUUCCGGAUUUUCAAGGACUGGUUGUGGUUCUGAUUUGGUGGUGUACAAAUUCUAACCCAGAAAGAGAUUCAAACACUGAAAAUGGAAGGAGACACAUUUUCUGGGCUAGUUGGCAAUGGCACCCAAAUUGAUGGCAAAGUGUUGCAGACAUUUCAGAAGAGCUUUGUUCAAGUCCAGGAUAUCUUGGACCAGAACAGGUUGCUCAUAAAUGAGAUAAACCAAAACCAUGAGUCUAAGAUCCCUGACAACCUGAGCAGAAAUGUGGGUCUGAUCAGAGAGCUCAACGACAAUAUCAGGAGGGUGGUAGACCUCUAUGCUGAUCUCUCAAGCUCCUUCACCAAAUCCAUGGAGACUUCAUCUGAGGGAGACUCCAGCGGUGGUGCUUUGAAAUCAGAUGGUAAAGCUGGGCACAAGAGGAAUAGGCCUUCAUAGAACGAUAAUUGUCUUGUUAAUUCUUUUUCAUGGCCGGGAAGAAAUUAAAUAGAUGAUUAAUUAGAUUCUGUAACUUCUUCUUUCCUACUGUUUCUGUGAACUACUGUACGUCACCUAGAUCUUUCUUCACUCACUUCUUGGACAAUAAUUGCCUCCUCCAUGUCAUUGUAAGUCCUGUAACUCUUGGAUCUAAUUGAAGAGAAAAGUUGCUAGUGUUUGUGUCAUGAAA